AUGGACGGUUAUUACUUGUACUGUAUUGUAGCGCUAUGUCUAUUACAAGGAUGUGUGGCAAUGCCUGUAAGUUUUGAAAUGGAUUCUAAAAUACGGUAUUACAUAUUAUUGCCCUAUGAAACUGAAAGUUCAAGACUUGAAUCUUUAUGUAAGAUGGAGCAUUAGUAUUAGGUCGCCCAGAAAGUUCGUUCGUUUUUUUAUCAUUGCUUUGUUUUACGAGGAUUGUUUGUUGCUUGGCACAGGGUACACAUGGCAUGUAUAUCUAUUUGAUACAGCCAGUUUUGUAGAGGAGAAAAAGCUGUAUCAAAUAUUGCAUUUUCCAAAGAACAAACAAUGCUUGUAAAACAAAGCAGCAAAAAACGAACAAACUUUCUGGACGACCUAAUAUGAGUUUUCCGAAGGCAUACGAGAAGUUUUUAACUUGUGGUUUACAAAAACAUACGACAUUCUCUCGUCGUAUACCAAAAAUUCUGCAAGUCUUUGUAGGCUAGUAUAUGAUACUUUAUUGCUGUUACCAUUUGAAACUCACAAAAGAUUAAAACACGAUUUCCGACUCACUGAAUCAGCCGUGUGCAAGGCCGGGACAUAGGAAAUUUUCGAUUUUGAGAUUUACAGCUGGAUAUGACCGCAUUCAUCAUAUAAGUGUGUCCCUGAAGCCUUUUGGCCUAAUUCUCCCGUUAACCUAGUUUUAUUUACAAUUUAACCAAUUUACAUUAACGUCAAAUAACUCAAAAUUGAGAAGACACAGAGGCGUAAAACUGUUGUCAUGUAUGUUUUUGGGUACUGGGAAUCCAACGCAGGCGGCUUUGGGUCGAAAGGAUUACUGUAACAUAGCAAACUUGCGCUUUGGCCGCACAAAAUCGGAGAAUUGGUCGGGAAUGACUUUAAUGGCGGGGAUAUGGAAGAUUGAAUUUAUUUCAGGUGAUUUUGAUAACAUUCUGGCAAUUUUCAGCUUUUUUGGUCGAAAAAUGGCGAAAAUACAACUUUUUGACAAAUCGUAUUUUACACGGCUCUUUUGCGUUCAUGACAGAAUAAGAACUUAUAUGUAGUGUUUUUAAGGUGUCUCCAACAAGUAGAAACCAUUUUCUGAGUAUUUAGAUGUUAUACUAGGUAUCUGUUAAUUUUGCCUCUUGCAGGCAUCUGUAGUAACGAAAUUUGGCUAAUGACAACGUAAUUCACUGUUUUAUGACCAUAUUUCACAUUUUUUUCAGAAAACGGUUCAUCAUCGAAGUGAUUUCCCUCUAUAGAACAAUCGAUGAAAUGCGGAGAAAAAUUCAUUUUCAAACUAGAUUUCUUGUUGUUAGCCGUGAAAUAAUUUAAAUUUGAUGCUAGUUAUGACCUUUGCAGACAAUUUGUCAAGUCAGAGCGAAAGAAAUUACAAGCUGGAAGGUCCAUGCACUGCUUGCUUAUCAGAUGUCAAGUACAACAUUAAAAAAAAAUUUUUUUGACGGGUUUAAUUGCCGAAAAACCCUUCAAACGAUUAAAUAUAAGUUCUUAUUCUGUCAUGAACGCAAAAGAGCCGUGUAAAAUACGAUUUGUCAAAAAGUUGUAUUUUCGCCUUUUUUCGACCAAAAAAUCUGAAAAUUGCCAGAAUGUUAUCAAAAUCACCUGAAAUAAAUUCAAUCUUCCAUAUCCCCGCCAUUAAAGUCAUUCCCGACCAAUUCUAAGCGAUUUGCGUCCACCCGGGCUCGAACUCGGGACGUCAGAUUGGUAGAUUUUGUCAAAAUCCACUAUACCACGAAAAUAGCCCCCCGCAUUUUUGGACUUUUUUUAAAUGUUUCUAGGGCAGAAUUUUAUGCUGAUCAACAUAUCAAAAAUCCAGCUGUGGGUUUUCAGAAACAACUUUUUUACGGCCGAUUUUGUGCGGCCAAAUCGCAAGUUUGCUAUGUUACAGUAAUCUUUUCGACCCAAAACCGCCUCCGUUGGAUUCCCAGUACCCAAAAACAUAUAUGACAACAGUUUUACGCCUCUGUGUCUUCUCAAUUUUGAGUUAUUUGACGUUACUGUAAAUUGCUUAAAUUGUAAAUAAAACUAGGUUAACGGGGGAAUUAGGGCAAAAGGCUUCAGGGACAUAAUUAUAUGAUGGGUGCGGUCAUAUUCAGCUGUAAAUCUCAAAAUCGAAAAUUUCCUAUGUCCACGGCUAAUUCACCGAGUCAGAAAUCGUGUUUUAACUUGUCUGCAUUUGGCGUCCUCUCUCUACGGAAAGCAUUGUUAAAUAUCAUUUCGGUUCCUGUAAAACAAAAAAAAUUUUUUAAGCAUCGAAAUGUGGCCCAUACAGCCUGUUUUUUACCAAAUUUUGGCCCAAGUCAACAACACAUCGUUUUGGAUUUAGGUUGAUACUAAACCCAUUAUCAUUUUAGCUACUGGGUCCGCAAAGGCUUUCCGGAACUGGUCGUCAAGUCUUUACGGACACACUAGAAGCUCCGCUGUUUGAUGAAGAGACUUAUACAAAGCCAUCACUACCUGAAGAAAAAGUUGAGACCAAAAAGGUGACUUUGAGUGCGAGAAGAAUCCGUCCGACCAAGGCGUUCGCUCCGAAGACGUGGGUAAGAAGGAAAUGUAUUUUAAAUACAGUGAAGCCUCUGUACAGCGAAUUGUCAGGUAGUAAAAAAAGGACUUCCGAAACGGUUCAUUAUGAACAGGUAUCGCUGUACAAAGGUUUAACUGUAGGCCUCAUUGGUAAGAACUUGAGACUCAAGGCUAUGAAUGGUAGUUACAGCGCUCUAAAAUUUUCAAAUUCAGCAGUCCUCCACACAGCAGCCGAUCCGAGACGACUUUACCGCAACUUUGGUAAAAUUCGCAGAAACCGCCGUCGCCGAAAUUCUCAAUCGAACCAAACGAUUUCUUCAUUUCUCUAAAUAA